CUAUCAAGGAAGGAAUUCACGCGGCACAACACCCGCGCGUUUGGGCUAGGUUCAUCUGCGAUUAGCUUCACGCGUCUGCCCUUGGCUGUCCGUUGUAGCACGGUGCCUGCCAUUUAUAAAUUCCAAUAGAUAGGAUAAGGAAGCGACCCAUAGCGGCUGCUUUCAGCGCACUGCACGAGCUGAAUCAGGGCGCUGCGACGAAAGGCAGCCCUUCAAGCGGCACGGAGCUGAUUACCUGUAGAUUCAGCAAAGAUGGCGACUCCUCUUGUGGCCGGAUUGAGUGUGGCGGCGGCAGCUUUCGUGGGCAAGCAGGUGGUGCAGACCUACAUCAAGUUUAAGACUUCUCCAGGCCUGUUCAACUCCGUGGGGCGGCAAUACUACAAGGGCGGCUUCCUGCCUGAGAUGACGCGGCGAGAGGCGGCGCUGAUCCUGGGCAUCCGGGAGUCUGCGGGCGAGGAGCGCGUCAAGGACGCCCACCGGCGAAUCAUGGUUGCGAACCACCCCGAUUCUGGCGGCAGCAGCUACGUCGCCGCCAAGGUCAACGAAGCAAAGGACUUGUUGUUGGGGAAGAAGAAGGUCGGAAAGUCACCCUUCUAAACGAGAAGUCUUUAGUGUGUGUGUCUGCGUGUGUGUUCCGGGGAUCUGUGUUUAGAACGCUGAGUUGCAGGUUGCAGUGCAGGUUUGCUGGUGUCGGCAGGUGUGUCGGCAGGUGGCGGUGUGAUGACCCGCAAAGCGGGCCGGGUGUUCAGAGCGCAUACGCGGUAUGGGGCCAGAGUAUGGUUGGUGCUACGAAUAUGUGUCUUUUGACUUGAGGUUGCGGGGUGUGCAAGAGGUUCCAAGCCCCAUGUGAUACAUCGCUGCGCAACACACGGCCGGCGGAUGUAUGAUGCUGCGCCGCGCAGGCGAGAUGGCCUGGAGGAUGGCUCGGAUGGUUGGGCCGGUACUUGUCUGAUGUGUGUGGGCAUGGGGACUGCAAACGUCCAUAUGGUUGACUCCUCCCUAGCUCUUGCUUGGUGAGGUAAAUGGCUUGAGGGUGCCUGAAGUGCCCUCUCUGGAAGCCAUCGUGAAGGGACUUUUCUUUGCGUGUUAGCCUCCAGCUGAAUGCUGAUAUAAACAAGGGUAUAAAGUGUACUGUAAGAGCUUUGGCUG